AUGAAUCCGGAAACAAAUUUCAUUCGUCUGCGUGGCCUACCAUUUGCUGCCAAAGAGCAAGACGUUCGAAAUUUCUUGCAAGGCUUAAAUGCGCGUUCGAUGACCUUCACGCUGACAUCGAAUGGACGUGCAAGUGGUGAGUGCUACGUGGAACUCGAUGAUACGGAAAGCGUAAAACAGGCACAGAAGUUCGAUCGAAACGAAAUAAAUGGCCGUUACAUCGAGGGUCGGUCUUUUUGGUUUUGA